AUGUCCCAACAGCAGAAGCGUCAGUGGGUUCGGAAGGCUGCCUCAUCAUCAUUGGUUUCUUCUUCUUCAUCGGGUUGCACAACAAAAUGUUCGGGUUAUUGGAUUUUAAAAUAUGGUUGCCCAACAACAUCUAUAUCAUGUAGGCCAUUCACCAUGUGUGUUUUGAAUUUUUCUAAUUCGUCGUCAUUGCUGAUGAAGGAUCAUCGUUAUGCCUUUCCGACAAGUUUGUUAAAGAACACUCGCCAGAAUAAUACCCAUUCAAAUAAUGAUAAUCAUAAUACGACCAAGAGCAAUACCAACUGUGUUCUUGUCAAGAACUCAAAAAUUCACUUGACAGAACAGCCAUGCAAUUAUUACUCGAACAAAACCUUCUUUGAUAAAUUGAAUAAUCAUGAAUUUAAUGAUGACGAUGGUUCUUCAGACAACAACAACACUUCGAAUGAUGACAAAAGGAUGGAGAAUGAAGAGGAGGAAUUGACGGAAUACAAUUCAGAAGAAAAAGCUGACUUGCAACCUGAUUUCCUUUUACUUCCGAAAGAUGUCCAAGAUUGUUUACUACAGAUAAAGAAAAGAAACAAGGACACUCAACAAGUAUCUUCAGCUGUUAGAGCCUUUCAUGCCAUUCUUAAAAGAUAUGCACACCAAAGACAUUUGCUCACCCACUCAUUUUAUCAUUCUAUUUUAUAUAUUGUGGCAAAGAAACACAAACAUUUACCGUCAUCCGUAAAUUUGGCAAAAUACUAUUACGACUUGGGUGUCAUGUCGACACUGUGUCACCGAUAUUUUCUUGCGUGCUUUUGCAAUAAUUUACACCAAGAAUAUUUACUUUUAGACAGCAUAUGGAAGUUUCUCUUAUCCGGAGGAAAAAUUCAGGAAUUUUCAUUGGAAUCAAGCACUCCAAAUCAUGUUGCAACAUUAAUCAACACUUCAAAGAAAACUACAAAGACUUUGUACAAUGAAAAAUCUUCAGAUAUUGAAAGCGAAAUUCCAAUCGAUAUACUUUCAUUCAAAUUGUUUUUAUGUUGCAUGCUAGAACGGUACGACUUAAAAUUUGAGGACUCAUCGUUCGAUCAAUUGAUCAUUGCGAGUGACACAAAACUAUCAGAACAACUAGGAUAUCAUGACACUGUACCACUACAUGUCAAAGUGCAAUAUGUUUUAUUGCAUAUGAUCCAAUUGAAUUUGGUGAUUGAUUGGAAACAUUAUAGAGUUUUACUGUUUGCAUACAUUCGAGAGAAUCAGCUCGAGCCUCUCAAACAAUUAAUAGAAACUCUUUUCCAACCAAGCGAAACCUACAACCCUCUCUCUGCAUUCGACACAAAAAUGGUACCUGGAUAUUCCUCGAUGACCUUUGAAAAUGUUCUUCCUCAAGAAACGAAACCACUACAAAAUAUUCAAAGCCUACUUUCACUUUUUUUUGCGCGAGUGCUCUAA